GAAGGUCUCCCUUCCAACCAUGCUGGAGACCACUUCGCCCAGUAAACCUGCGAAAGCAGACUGCCUGUCCCGUGCGCAAUUGAUUCCGAAUCAUCCAGGGAACAUUCGGGACAUGUACAACAUCGAGGCCAAGAAGCUUGGAGAAGGGACCUAUGGAUCUGUGUCUUGUGCCAGGCACAAGGCCACUGGGGCUGUGCGUGCUGUCAAGACCAUGUCGAAGGGCCAUGUGAAGAACAUGGAACGCUUCCAGCAGGAGAUUGCCAUCAUGAAGGUCAUGGACCAUCCGAACAUCAUCAAACUCUACGAGACUUUUGAAGAUC